ACAAAAGCCCAGGUGCGCAUGCAUAUUGCUUUGCUUUGGCCGUUUUUUCUCCGUCAAUUGAAAUUAUUAAAUGGCUGUCGCAUGUCCCCUCUCACUCGUUUCUUCUCUUCCCUUCUUCGAUUUAUUUUUCGCAUUCACGCUUUUCUUUUACUUUACCCACACUUGUAUUCUGCACAUACACACAAUCAUACUUACUAUUAGAUAUAUUGCUCAGAUGGUCAAGGAUAUCGAUGCCACGCAGAGAAAAGCGACAUUGGUCGAUGGUGAGGUGCAGAGAACAAAAGUGCAGACUGCAACUUUUGACAGGGCAGAGGAAAUUCAGGUCGAUGGCGACCAGAGCAGGUUCUCGGCGAUGCUGGGCAUUCUGCGCAAAUUGGUAGGCGUUUCAGAUAUAAUUAGUCUUCGCCUGUCACUGCCGUCGCAGCUGCUGGAUCCAAUUCCUAACCUCGAAUACUGGAACUACAUGGAUCGCCCCGAAUAUUUUGUAAGGAUAGCAGAUUCUGACGAUGAGGUCGAGCGGAUACUGGCGGUGGUGGCAUGGUGGUUCUCCAAGCUCCUCAAACAUUCAGGCAAGGUGCUCAAGCCGUUCAAUUCGAUUCUUGGAGAGCAGUUUUUCAGCCGCUGGCAGGUUGACACUGCCGACAAUGCCGCACGCAAGGGCACAUUGUCGACCAGCUCAAAAAACGCGUCCUCGAACGGCGCAUAUGCGGGCACCAAUGUCACGGUCGAGUACAUCACCGAGCAGGUGUCGCAUCACCCGCCAAUAUCGGCGUUUGUUUACCGGUGCCCAGAGCGGGGGAUCGAGUUAUCCGGGCUCGACCACUUUUGCGCAAAGUUCACGGGGCUGUCCGCCACAGUGGCCUCGGGAUCGGAGUGCAAAGGCGUUUUCUUGAAUAUCAAGGGUCGCGGCGAGGAAUACAUGAGCACUCAUCCAACGGCCAAUAUUGUCGGCUGGCUGCGGGGCAGCCUUAAGGUGCAGUUUGUCGACACCAGCUACGUCGUUUGCGAAAAGACCAAGCUGGCAGCCAUUGUCGAGUUUAAGGAGGAGAGGUGGUUCGGAAAGAAUAAGGAUAAUGUGUCAGGAAGGGUGUUCCGUUUCAGCCCUGAGCAGCGCAACCAGAUUGCGAGCUGGCGCCUCAAGGAUAUUCCCAAGUCGUGCGAUGUAGUGGCCACGUUUGGCGGGAACUGGGAUAAGAAGGUCGUGGUCCAGCGUGGCGGAGAGGAGAGCACGCUGGUGGACCUGACUGAUCUGCAGGUGGCAGAGAAGAUUGUGCGGCCGGUGGAAGAGCAGGGGCCGAUGGAGUCGCGGAAAGUCUGGGGGCCAGUGGCCGACAAGAUGAACCAGGGCAAGUUCGGUGAGGCCACAAAGCUGAAGCGCAGCAUUGAGGAGGACCAGAGGGAGCUGGCGGCGGAGAGAACUGCCAAGGGGGAGCCCUUUGUGUCAGCCCUGUUCAAGGUUGAAAGCGUCGCCAGCGGCAAACCGGAGCUUUUGAGCGACGCGCCAAUCAACGUGUAGACUUUUUUAUUUAUUCUUUUUUACGCUUUCAGGAAAUUUAUCGUCUUGCAUCCUCGCGCGUGGAAACGCGGUUUUUUUUUGCUGGAAAAAAC